AUGUCAGCACCCUCGGCAACGCCACAAGCCAACCCGACCCUCGGGAAGCGGAAGCGCGGAAAACCACCGGCAGCCACCCCUCUGGACGGCAGGGUGUCUCCCGAUCCCGAGAUCAAGAUCGAAGAUGGCGCUGCAGCCGACGGUGUUGAAGUCCUGCCAGCAGAAGAAGCACCGGCGCCCAAGGCGAAGCCGCGCCGGGCGGCAAAGUCCAAGAAGGACCCCAAGCUGCAGCGCGGCGACUCGGGCAUCACCCCCGUGCCCUGCGCCAUCGAGUGGCCCGAGUACUUCCGGCAGCUCGAGCGCACGCACCGCGCGCUCAACCUCGUCUUCACCUUUUGCUGCACGCGCAAGCACCUGGCCACGACCUUCGACACGAUGCGCGCGGCCGUCGAGUCGCACACCAAGCGCGAGCUGCUCGCCGCCGACGUCGCCGCCGUCGUGGCCCUGCGGCCCGAGGGCAUCGCCUUCGCGUACGUCGACGAGGCGAUGCUGCAGAUCGACGUCAAGGGCGCCGAGCGCGACGUCACGUUCAAGACGGGCAGCCGCGUGAAGGACUUCCGGACCCAGGGGUUCGCGCCCGACGCGUCGGUCGGCGGCCUGACGGGCACCGAGGAGCUCGGGGCGCGGCACCCGGACGAGCUGCCCGAGCCGGGCGUCAAGGAGGUGCUGUACUUUGAGUUUGUGGACGGGGAUCUCAAGAGGCAGGUCCAGGACAAGAGGACCGGCGAGCCGACCAGGCCAACCAGAAAACUGCGCGAGGAGGACCUCAAGAUGCCCGUCUACAGUCAGAAGCAGAUGUCGACGCUGAUUGAGAAGAGGAACCAGAAGUUCACGAAUGCGGUCAACUCGUUCUUGAACCGAUGUGCUGAGGAAGGGCUUGACCCGAAGCUGGUCCUCGAGAGCGAGGCCCAAGCUUUUAUACCUGUUCCGAGCGAAACAAGAGAGUCCUCGCCGCAGCCCGACUUCAGCACCCUUCCCGAGUCUAUCCCCACAGAACGAAAGAGCAUCCCCGAGAUCGUGCAGGAGAUCAAGGAGAGUCAGUGGUACGUGGGUCAGAUUGUGCCGGACGGUCACCGAGUUUUCGAAGCCCAGGAGCCAAUCUAUGGUGAUCUUGAUUUCCUCCUUAGCCAGAAUCUAGUCAACGCUCUCUACAAUGCCAAGGGCAUCACGCAGUUCUUCGCUCACCAGGCCGAGGCAAUCAACAACCUACAUGCGGGCCACAACGUUGUGGUCUCGACGUCGACGAGUUCCGGCAAGUCACUUAUCUACCAGCUGCCAGUCCUUCACGCGCUGGAGGCCGACCACCAUACAAGGGCCAUGUACAUAUUUCCUACCAAGGCUCUAGCGCAAGAUCAGAAGAGGAGCCUGAAAGAGAUGCUGAGUUACAUGCCGGGCAUGGAAGAGAUGAUUGUCGAGACUUUCGACGGCGAUACACCGAUGCAGGACCGCAACAUGAUCCGGGACGACGCCCGCAUCAUCUUUACCAACCCGGACAUGUUGCACAUUACUAUCCUCCCCCAAGAAGAGAGGUGGCGCAGUUUUCUCAGGAAUCUUAGGUACGUCGUCGUCGACGAGCUGCACUACUACAACGGCCUCAUGGGCUCCCACGUCGCCUUCAUCAUGCGGAGGCUAAGACGCAUCUGCGCGGCCAUCGGGAACCGGCGCGUUCGGUUCGUCUCGUGCUCUGCCACCGUUGCCAACCCGCAGGAGCACUUCAGUACCAUCUUUGGCAUGGACGACGUCAAGCUCAUCGACUUUGACGGUUCGCCCUCCGGCCGCAAGGAAUUCCUCUGCUGGAACACCCCCUUCAAGGACCCUUCCGAUCCUACCAGCGGACGAGGCAACGCCAUGGUUGAGUGUGCGCGUCUCUUUUGCGCACUGAUUCUCCGCGGGGUGCGCGUCAUCGCCUUCACCCGGGUGAGAGCACAGUGCGAGAAGCUCGUGAGUGCCAUCCGACAGGAACUCGACACUCUGGGGCGGUCUGAGUGCGGCUCCCGGGUCAUGGGCUACAGGGGUGGGUACACGGCGCAGGAUCGCCGCCGCAUCGAGACCGAGAUGUUUGAAGGGAAGCUCAUGGGCAUUGUGGCGACGACCGCGCUCGAACUGGGAGUCGAUAUCGGCUCAUUGGACUGUGUCCUAACAUGGGGCUUUCCCUACACCAUCGCCAACCUGAGGCAGCAGAGCGGCAGGGCUGGACGCCGGAACAAGGACUCAUUAUCAAUCUUGGUCGGCGAUUGUUUCCCGACCGACCAGUACUACAUGCAGAACCCAGACGAGCUCUUCACCAAGCCCAACUGCGAGCUGCAGGUCGACCUAGACAACAUGCUCGUGAGGGAGGGCCACAUCCAGUGCGCCGCCUACGAGAUGCCCAUACGCCCGCAAGAAGACGCAAAGUACUUUGGCGACGACCUUGAGGAGCUCUGCGAGCAGCGGCUCGUCAAGGAUGAGCUGGGCUUCUAUCACUGCCACGACCGCUUCCGCCCGCUGCCGUCCAAGUUCGUCUCGAUCCGCGACACCGAGGACGAGCACUUUGCCAUCAUCGACAUCACGCAGGGCCGCAACGUCGUCCUCGAGGAGCUCGAGGCCUCGCGCGCGACUUUUACCCUCUACGACGGCGCCAUAUUCCUGCACCAGGGCACGACCUACCUGGUGCGCGACUUCAACCCGGACCGGCGCAUCGCCCGCGUCGAAAAGGUCAAGGUCGACUGGCUGACGCAGCAGCGCGACUACACCGACGUCGACCCCACCGAGACCGAGGCCAUCCGGCGCAUCCCGGGCUCCCUGUCGCGCGCGUUCCACGGCACGAUCCGCAUCACGCAGGUCGUCUUUGGCUUCUUCAAGAUGGACCGGCGCAACCGGAUCCUCGACGCCGUGCACGUCGACAACCCGCCCGUCGUGCGCUACUCCAAGGGCAUGUGGAUCGACGUGCCCCGCGCGGCGCUCGAGAUCCUCGUCGACCGCCGGCUCAACGUCGCGGGCGCCAUCCACGCGGCCGAGCACGCCGUCAUGAGCCUCGUGCCCAACUUUGUGGUCAGCAUGCCCGGCGACGUGCGCACCGAGUGCAAGAACAGCCUCAAGGAGUUCGCGGGCAAGGAGACGGCGCGCAAGCGGCCCGCCCGGCUGACCUUCUACGACGCCAAGGGCGGCGCGGGGGGCUCGGGGAUCAACACCAAGGCCUUCGAGUUCAUCGACUUGCUGCUCAGGCAGGCGCUCGACCGCGUGCUGGCCUGCCGCUGCGACGUGGGCUGCCUCGAGUGCGUGGCCUCGGAGCGGUGCAAGCACGCCAACGAGGUCAUGAGCAAGGCCGGCAGCGAGGUCAUCCUCAAGAGCAUCCUCGGCGUGCACAUCGACGUCGAGGCCCUGCCCAUGGGCCCCGAGGAGUUCAGCCCCGCCGGCGUGGAGACGGUCAUACUCGCCGAGCCGGUGCCGCCGCGGGACCGGAGGACCCUGCGCGAGAUCGAGAUCAAGAGGGAGGAGGGCGACGGCGACGAACAGCCCACCCUGGUCAUCGGGGAUACCCCCCACGCCCAUGACGAGACAGCUGCGCUCUCGUCGCCUACUUGA